AUGAAACUACGUGUGAGUGUAAGAGGUGAAAACGAGCAAAACUUCAAAUUUAUUUAUCUACAUAAAUUGUUUGAAAUCAUGCAUCGGCUUCCAAUUCUAGCAGAUUUUCUUUUCCUUCAUAAUCUCCUGUCGGAAAAAUCAAUAGAUCAUCAAAGCUUUGAAGCGAUAUCAUCACACGUUCAAAAAAAGUUUAAUCGGAAUGAUUAUUUGAGUGUCGGAACAUUGUUGAGUCUUUUGCUUAAAAGCAAUGAUUUGCCGGAAACAACAAAUCGGCUCGUAGCGUAUUAUGUGCUGUACGAUAUAUUCAGAAAUGAUAAUGAACCGGAUGCUUCCCCGAAGGAUUCACCUUUUCAAUACUUUCUUUUCUCUCUGGUAGAAGGAAAAGAUUGUAAGUUAAAUACAGUAGAGAGAAAUUUCAUCAUUCAAUUAUUGGCAAGUGGAACAAAAGAUCUGUCAAAACAAACACCACAUCAUAUUAAGCAGACAGAAUUGGUUCCAAUUCCUAACAUAGAUUUAUCUCAAGUCAGAAGGAUUUGUACUGAAAAGGAAAGAGAACUUCCUACCAGUACGAAGAGUAAUGUCAUGAAUGUUAUUCCAUCUCCAAUCCAUUCUUUAUCUGAUUCUGCUAUUCGUGAGCUUAUGGAAGGACUCUUUAGACGUGAUACACCUUUGAAGAGUGUUUUUGGGCCUCAAUUCAUGACCAUUGCUCCACCUUUGCUUCCAUGUGAAGAUGAACUCGUUUGGUUUGAUAUUACAGAUCCAGUUUGUCACAAACCAGUGUUUGAUAUGAAUAUUGGUGAAACACAGACUCCAGAAACAGAAGCUAAGAAGCUCGUUGCCAAUGCAUUUAAACAAGCUCUGAGUUUGCAAGAUCAAAAAGUUUUAGAGAAUGAAUUGGAAAAGGAUUCAGAACUUGUUCAUCAUAUUGGAUUGACUCCAGAGAAACUUCCUGACAUUGUUGAAAACAAUCCUCUGAUUGCUAUAAAAAUUCUUUUGAUGCUUAUGAAUUCAUCACAAAUCACCGAAUAUUUAAGUGCAUUGGUUAAUAUGGAAAUGUCGCUGCACUCAAUGGAAGUUGUCAAUAGAUUGACAUCAUGUGUGGACUUACCUUCUGAAUUCAUUCAUCUUUACAUUUCCAAUUGCAUAAGCACUUGCGAGAAUAUUCAAGAUAAAUACAUGCAAAAUCGUUUAGUGCGACUUGUCUGCGUUUUUCUUCAAAGUCUAAUUCGAAACAAGAAGAUUAUCAAUCUGAAGGAUUUAUUUAUUGAGGUGGAAGCAUUCUGUGUUGAAUUUAGCAGAAUACGGGAAGCUGCUGCCCUUUAUCGUCUGCUGAAACAAUGAAGACUUACCAGAUCAAGUCAAACAGCUAAAAAGUUUAUCUAUCCAGUAUCCAUUAAAUUCGCAAGCACAUCAUCAAAUUAUUUUGUUUAUGAGAAAGAUCCAUCAAGAUAUUUCUUCAAUCCAGAGAUUCAAAAGCUUUUAAAAUCAAUCACUAGGAUCGAAAUUGAAAAGAUCUUUCACAAACGUGCAACUCCAAAUAACAAUGUUGAAUACAAAUUCUUAACUGAUAACCAAAUAGACAGUGAAGUAAGGAGGAAAUUCAAAGAUGCACAAAGAUUACUUCAAAUGCCUCCAGUAGUAGAAGUUUUAAAGGAAAAUUUAAAAGUCCUUUCUGAUGAUCCAGCAAUUGCUGGCUAUGCGAAAUCGCCAUUAGUCUUCACUGAUGUUACUUUUGCUCUAAAUAAUUUAGAGCGUACAGUUGUUAUUCGGCAUCUCGAUGGAAAACUUGUCGAAGCGCCAUUUGAAGUUCGUAAGCGAGUUUCUCAAAUUUACAAUCCAAUGCCGGGACGUAAAUUGAGUGAACCAAGAAUGUUUGAACCUGACAACCUCAAUCGAAUUCUAGAAGAAGGGGAAUAUACAUUUAUUCUUGACAAUCUUUGCUUGCAUUUUGAACCAUUUGAGGCGAAGUUUCAUGAAAUAUCUUCAAAAGUUUAUCAACAUGUAAACGAGAAUUUGAAAUUUGAUAGUCUUCGAUCAACCAGACACUUUGGACCAAUGGCAUUCUUUCUUGCAUGGCACAAAAUUAUUGAUGAUCUUCUUAUCGACAUGAUAAGAAACGAUUUCCUUAAAAACGGAGUCGAAUUAAUUUGUCUAUUGUUUAAAAUUAAAGGAAUCGAAGCCGACACCAGCAUAUUGGAGAAACUCCAAGAAAUUGAUGAAAUUGAGCUUUUGAUCAAUAGAACUGUAGAUGCGAUGCUAUCAAAACUCGACGAAAACAAGAUACAGAAGACAAACGAAGAUUUGCAAAUUGAUGAACUCUGUUUCGCAUUCAUUCAAAACUCGUAUUAUUUAGAACAAAGAGACUUUGAUUUUAUAGUAGAAAUCAUGACGGCUUUAUCAAAAAUUAACAAAGAUAUUAAAGAAGAAAGAGAGAAAGUCAAAUUCAAUAUUGAAGAGUUUACCAAUUGGUAUUAUGGCGGAGCAGAUAAAGUUGAAGAAAAGAGAUUUCUUGAAAAUUUCUUCUUGUCGGAUCCCGAACUCCAAGACAAAGUUUCAAUAAGUUAUUUAAGCCACAAAGAAAAAUAUGAAGAAGCAAUUCGUAAGUCCACACUUGUUUUUAAAAAGAUCAGAGACCUUCAAGCUCAAGGUCGGGAUGGAGUUGAGAUUUACAUGGCUUUGCUUGGUGGCAUGCUCGGGACAAGUUUGUUGCGUGAAGGAAAUCCAAUGAGUGUACAUUACGUCAUGUUUUUACCGGCUUUAAUGAACCAUGGAACAGGCGAUCAACAAGCUGAAUGGAUAUCAAAAGCAUGGAACUGUAAUGUUAUCGGAACGUAUGCGCAAACUGAGAUGGGACAUGGGACGUUCAUUAGAGGCCUCGAAACAACAGCCACAUAUGAUCCCAAAACAAAAGAAUUCAUUAUCAAUUCUCCAACAAUAACAGCUUAUAAGUGGUGGCCUGGAGGUCUUGGACAUACAGCAAACUACGCAAUUGUCAUAGCACAACUUUAUUCAUUAGGACAACAUCAUGGUAUUCAACCAUUUAUUGUGCAACUGAGAGAUGAAGAAACACAUCAACCAUUGCCAGGAAUUACGAUCGGAGAAAUUGGAAAUAAAGUUGGCAUGAACACUGUCAAUAAUGGUUUCCUUGGAUUCAAUAAUGUUCGAAUUCCACUUCAUAACAUGUUAAUGAAAAAUGCAAAAGUUCUUGAAAACGGAGAAUUCAUCAAACCGAAAAGUUCUGUGUUAACUUAUGGCACAAUGAUGUUUGUAAGGGUUGUGAUAUUGAAAGACAUGGCAGCUUACUUAUCGAAAGCUGUAACAAUUGCUAUGAGAUAUUCCACAGUUCGACGACAAAGCCCAAUCGAUCCAAACCAACCUGAACCGAAAAUUAUUGAACAUGUCACACAACAAAUGAAAAUAUUUCCAGCAAUAGCAAAAGUGAUUGUUUUCAAGAUAACUGCUGAGUUACUAUGGGAAAUGUACAAUCAAGUCACGCAUGAGCUUGAUAAAGGUGAUUUGGAGAGACUUCCGGAACUCCACGCACUCGCUUGUUGCUUGAAAGCUGUCUGCACAAAUGAAGCAACACAAGCAGUUCAAACAUGUCGUUUGGCUUGUGGUGGUCAUGGUUAUUUGAAUUCUUCUGGCUUUAACGAUAUUUAUGGAAGCGUUACUGCAGCACAAACGUAUGAGGGUGAAAAUACGGUUUUGUUUCUUCAAACUGCAAGAUAUUUGAUCAAAGCAUGGAAUCAAGCUCUGAAUGGUGAGAAAUUGACGCCGACUGUUGCUUACUUAAAAAAUUAUACGAACAACCUCAAUCAGCGUGAUAAUUGGGACGGUUCACCUAAAGGAAUCCUUCGAGCUUUGCAAUCUACAGCAGCUCAUAAAAUAGCUUUAGCGCAUAAGCAUUUAGAGGCAAGAAAAAAGUUUUGUUCGGCUGAAGAAGCAGCAAAUCAAACUGGCAUAGAAUUAUCAGCUGCAGCUGAAGUUCAUUGCCAAGCUUUUCUUCUACAUUCAGCAAUUGAGGUAUUGGAAAAUGCGGCGAAACAUUCUUCUCCAGCUCUUGCUGUCGUGUUUAGAGAUGUUUUGGAGUUGUACGCAGUUGACCUCGCUAUCAGAUCUUUGGGUCAUUUGUUGCAAUUUGUUAACUUAAAGUCAAUCGAUAUCGAAACAUUACAGGGAAGAUUAGAAUCGGCUCUAAAGAAAUUCAAAUCAAGUGCAAUUGGAAUAGUCGAUGGAUUCGAUAUUCCUGAUCCAGUUCUGGGAUCAACUCUCGGUGCUUACGAUGGCAAUGUUUAUGAACGUUUACUUGAUGCUGCUAAAAGUUCACCUUUGAAUCAGGAAGAUGUAAACAAAUCAUUCCAUUUGUAUUUGAAACCUUUUAUGAAAUCAAAUUUAUGAAAUGAUUGACAUUUUCUUAUUAUAUUUUAUGUAUUCAUUGUAUAUUGGCUGGGUAAAUGAAAAAUGUUUUAAAGCAAAAUGGACAAUUUAAAGAGAAUAAAAUUUUCUUUUUUUUCUGA